UCCCAGACUCGCGUGACGUUUGAAAAUCGCGAAUUGGAUAGCCAGCAACACCUCCAGCCAUGACUGGAUCCUUCCACCAUGGAAGCACUUGGCAGGGUACCAGCUGGAUCAUGCUCACAGAUGUGGUUGGUACAUCAGUGCUCACCUUCGCCGGCGUUGCUCGUCAACUUGGCUGGGUCCUAACGAUUAGCUUCAUCAUCGGCUUGGCGCCAGUGGCUGUCUACACAGCCCUCCUGAUGUCCAGGACCAGCAACAUCUUGGCCAAGGCUGGAGCACGUCCCGCGACCAUGGGAGAGGCUGCUCGGAUGACACUUGGCGGGGACCGAGCUGCCGGAAUGGUUUACUUUGCAGUCUAUGGAUUUGCAUUUUUGGGCAAUGCUUCCUACAUUUUGAUCUUGGGGCAGUGCAUGCAGGGUGUUUUCUUCCAAUCUCAGCUGUGUUUGCCAACCGCAACGGCUGUGGCCUGCGCAUUAUGCGUUCCAAUCUCAGUGUCAGUGAGACACCUCUCUGAGUCCGUGGUUUUAUGCUUCAUCAAUUUGUUCCUCAUUCUUGCAGUUCUUGCAGUGGUCAUGGGCAAGAUGUACUUCGUUGGGCGUCCGAGCCACGUCAAUACCUUCGCCUUUGCUGAAGACCUGUCGUUUUGGGGGGUCUUUGGAGCCGCAUCCAACGUGGUCUAUUCUUAUGCUGGUCACUGGUUGUACUUUGAGCUGAUGGUUGACAUGCAAAAGCCAGAAGAUUUCCCACGAGUCUUCCUGAUCAACGUUCCACUUCAGGUGUGCCUCUACUUGUUGGUGGCUUGCUGGGGUUACCAUUUUGCAGGGGACAAGGCGGAAGGCUAUUUUCUGGACAAUCUGCCGGACAGCGACGCAUUCCGCAUAGCCUCGGCACUGCUGUUUUUGCACGUGCUCAUUGCCUUCCUUGUGAAGAAUGUGGUGCUGGUCCGUGCGGUGCACAAAAUUGUGGCCCCCAGCAGGGUGGACGUGUCCUUGCGCGAGUCAGGCGGCCAGCGGGCACAAGCAGAAUUUGCCACUUGCGCAGUACUGCUUCUAUGUGCUUAUUGGGCGGUCGCCAAUGCCAUUCCCUUCUUCUCUGAUUUCCUGGCCUUGGUAGGCAGUUUGCUUAGCGGACCAAUCUCCUUUGUUCUGCCCGCGGUUUUUCUGAUGGGCGCGUUGCAACGGGAAGCUGGCUCCUCUUCUGCUGCAGGAACCUUCGAAUUGAGUCAGCGCAUGGAAGGCCAGCCUGAUGCGGCGAUGUCGAGGAUGUCGAGUUUCUCUUCGCAAUGCCGGGAUGCUGGUCGCAGACUAACCAGGUUCGAUUUCGUGGCUUGUGCCAUCAUCACUGGUUUCAUCCUACUGAGCAUGGUCUUCGGGACGACCAACACCAUUGGAGACAUCGGACGUCGCAUCGGUAGGUAUGGUGCGCCUUUCGCCUGCCAACCACGUGUUCAUCCGGAAAAGUUGGCCAUGUUGGAACUACUUUUCUGAGGGCCAGCCAUCCUUCUGGAAAGAUGAAGGUCAUCCCCCAUUGGCCAUUAGUAUCCUUUUAGAUCAGCAACACUUUCCAAAAUACACAAAAUGUCAGACGUCAGAUUUUCGGAGAGCUCCAUUGUGACAUAGUUAGAUUUUAAGAUCUCAUGAUUUGCGCAGUAGUUUUGUGAUUGAUUUCGGAUUCACGCAGAACCGGCGCCAUUUGACACCCACAAAUGUGGGCAUGUAGCUUGAGGUUUCUGGCAG